AUGACCACCAUCGAAUCCACAAGGCUGCGACCAGCCAACCAGCCAACACCGACAUCAACGCCCCUAUCUAUCCUCGACGCAACAGUCGUGCGCUUUGCUCCAACAGGAGCAAUUUGGAUUUUCAACCAACCUGCAGACUUAAUUAAAAAGACCUUGAUCGACCAUCUGCGAUCUUCCUUCAUUGAAACCCUAUCAAAAUUCCCUCAAUGGGCAGGCCAACUCCAAUGGGCACCCGUCAACCCCAAAGGAAACCACACAGAACGAUUUAAUCGUCCAUUGGUUGUAUACGGAACUGAUACCGACCCUGGUGUUGAAUGGACAGUAAUCGAACAUCCCUUGCGAGCAGAUGAAAUUGUCCCCACAGCGGAGGAACGGGCCUCAUCGACCACCGGCUCUCAACCUGGAGCAUGGGUAGGCGAUGACUUUAACGAAAGCCUGUUCCUAUCAUCCAACCCACUGGCACUAGCCAAUCUGCGCGACCAUGCUGGUCUGCCAGGAAUGCAAGUUCAAAUCAGUCUUCUUCAAGGAGGCUACGUAAUCGGAAUCAAGAUGGCGCACUGUCUAGCAGAUGCACAGACCUUAAUGGUGUUCGUGCAUCUAUGGGCGUAUAACAGCAAAGCCCAAUUCGGAACCCAGCCCGAAUCCCCACUAAUGGGUGACCCCGUAUUCGCUCCCGCGUUGUUGGACAGCUGCGCCGCGGGCGAUAUCGAUAGCCCCGAGCCAGACCAAACCAUAGUGGACACCGCGCGGAAAUUGCCCUUGCAUCGGUAUAGCUGGUGGAAUUCCGCCGAUGAGGGUGGCCCGGGAUUCUUAAUACCGACGACUGAGAACUCCAAGCCGCCGCCCGCAGAAAUCGAUUAUAAACGCGUCUCGCCUUCAGAACCAGCACCUUGGGCUUCAUGGGAUUUCUCGAAAAAAGUUAGAUACACACAGUUGCACUUCACAGGAGAAGAGCUGAGCAAAUUCCAAGCUGUAGCCCGUAAGACAGGGAGUCGAAGUGAUAUCUCUAGACUGGACGCUCUACUCGCGCACCUGUGGGUAACCAUUACGAGAUCACGCGGACAGGCAGGCUCUGCAAGACCCAUAUAUAUGAAUUUGAGCCUCGGCGUCCGACCGCGUGUUUCCCCCGCUCUUCCUGAUACGUUUAUCGGAUCGCUCCUCUUCCUGACUCAUGUUGGUGGGACCGGUUCCUCGGUAUGUCGGGAAAUAUUAGGCGAGACGGCUAGUCGGAUCCGAGCGACGAUGAAGGGGUUCACGGCUGAUGCUGUGGGUGCGAUGUUGCAUGAUGCUGCGCAUGAGGUGUCGCCCCAGCGACUGUGGCAGGGCUUUUUGGGGUCUGAGCAUACGAUUGUCACCUCGUGGUUGCGGCUGCAGUUGUAUGAGGUUGACUUUAUGGGCGGAAAUAAGCCACGCUAUGUGCACGCUGUUAUGCCUAAAAUGGAUGGGUGUGUUCAGGUGAUGGAUAGUGCGGUUGGGGAUGGGGGGAUGGAUGUUGCACUUUAUCUUGAUGAGGUGGCUACGGGGCGGUUGCUUGAUGGUGACUGCUCUUGA